AUGGGUCAGAUAUCGGUGGUGAGAGAAACAUUCAACACACUUCCCACUGAAAGUUUGAAGGUAUCUGCAGUAGUAAUCUCCUUGUUUCAUGGGCCUUUCUCUGUGCCAACAGCUGCCAAAGUUCUUGGUAUUGACCAGUCAGAAGCUAUUGCUCAGUUAGAGGGUCUUGCAGCCAGUCGAAUCAUUUUUGUAGUUGAUGAGGAAGCAAAAGAAAGGAAGUAUGACAUCCACACACUCUUACAGAAGUAUGCUGACAGUAUCAAGAGUCAGGAAAACUUUCUUGCUCUCUAUCUGGAGGCAAAAGCACGCUUUUAUGAACUCUUCAUGUCCAGGAUGAAGGAAAUUGCCAAACUCAUUGAGCCAGACUAUGUCAGAGCAUUCCAUUUAUUUGAGACAGACAGAGGAAACUAUGAGUUCACUGUUGACAUAUCUUUGCAACCAAAAUAUUUCAGUGUUCUAGGUGAAUUCCAUGAAAAUACUUUGAUUGCUUCCCUUUUUGAUGCAAUGCUAAAUGAGAAGAAAAUAAUCAAGGUGUUUCAUAACUGGGCUGAGAAGUGCCAAGAUGAUGGAAAGACAGGUACAGUACUUUAUAAUUGAAGUUUUGGUCAUGCAAUUAUCAAUUCUUUUAAAAAUUUUAUGAACUGUGAUUUGUAGUUUAUUCUUUAUACACAUAUAUCUAUAUAUCUGCAUCUAUAUAUAUAUCAUUCUACAUCUGCUUAUCUGUAUAUCAGUAUAUAUAUCUCCAUACUGGUCUCUGUAUAAUUCUUAAGGUUCUUAAAAAAAGAAUUUGUUAAAAAAUCAAGAGCUUCUUUAGUCGGGGAUCAUUUCCUUUAUUCCUGUGACCUUGGUGUUUAUUCAUGGAUAAAAUUGUAGGGAGAUAUUUAGUAGAGUCUAGUCACUCAUGGGGGGGGGGUAGGAGUGUUAAAAGAGUGUGCUUUUCAGAAAAAUUUGUUUUUGGAGUUUAAUGACAAAGCAAUUAAUUCUUUUCACAAAGGCCAGUCUUCCUGUUUAUCUUUUAUUACAUCAAUCACACCAACCCAAAGUUGACAUGGAAAACUCAAUUGAAUAAUAUAGUUAUGCCUGCAAGCCAUAAAUAAUAGUUCUCAUUAGUUUUCUCUAUAAAGGAAAUCCCACGAGCUUCAAAUUCCAUGAAUGCUUUAAAAGACUAGCUAAAAAAUUGCUCUCAAUAUCCUCUCACAUAUCAACCCUUCAACUCCUAAAAGUGAUUAACAUCUAAUUUCUCCUUACAAUGUCACUCCUGAAUCAAUCAUGAAGGUCAUGAGAAUAUAUAAACUGAUCACCAAUUAAAGUAGCUCUUCAUUGCUAACCAAAUUCUCCUUGUCAGCACCUUAGGAAAUGUAUAGAGAACAGUAUGGAGAAUAUGGAUACUGAUGUUAAGGUGUAAAGGGUUAAUGACUUGAAGUCCUACAAUUAAGUCUUUUGGAAAAUUGUUCACUUUGGGAAUCCACUUGCAACUGUUAUUAAAUGAAACAUCCGAUUGUUAAUUCUUCUGCUCUUACAAAAUUAUAAGCUCCAAUUAAUAUUUUUCAUUUUUAAGUUGCAAAACUGUGGUAAUAAGAUUACAUGAUUGACUUGUUGUGUAACAUUUUUAGGUUCUCUCAUGCGAGCACAUUUGAAAUGCCGGGAAGUAAAGCAAGUUCUCGAUGUCCAUGGAACAGAGAGAGCAUAUGAGGUACUGAUGACAGCUUUUGGUCCACUGGAGAAAGUCAAAGACAAAUCCAGUGAUUAUUUUAUGCUAACCAAAGGACUCUAUCUGUAUUGCGAAGGUGAGAUCCUUUGGAGAAAUGGGGACUUAAAGAAAGCACUUGAAUGUUUGGAGUCAUCCUUGGAAUUCUUUAAGGCACUGCCAAAGGAGCACACUGAUCUUGCGAGGUGCUACAAUGCUAUUGGAAACUGCUAUUCGAGUCUAAAACUACUUGAGAAGGCACUUGAGUUUUAUAACAAAGCAUACAUGACUCAAAAGAAAGUGGCAGGAUCUGAGCAUCACUUUGACAUUCCAAUUUACAAGAAUCAAAUUGGAACUGUUUAUGUGGGUCUAGGAGAUUACAGAAAGGCUACCAAGUGUUACAAAGAUGCCUUGAGCCUUUUGAAGGAACUAAAUCUUUUAGGGUCGUGGGAUGAAGCUCACUUUCUGAGAAAUCUUUCCAAUGCUUACAUUCACAGAAAGGAGUAUAAAAAAGCAACUGAACCCGCAGAUAGGGCUUAUAACAUAAGGAUGAAGAUUCUCGAAAAUCACCCACUAACUGUGCAAAGCAUAUACCAGAGAGCAGUGAUUCAGUCAUACUUGAAUGAAGAUGAGAGAUCCUUGCAGCUCCUUCUUGAGGCAUGGAAGAUGGAGAAAGCACUUGAUGCAGGAAACCACAGUCCAGUUUGGCGAGAUAUUAUUGUUGGUGUCGAGACCUCAUAUGAUAAUCUAGGGAAAAGAAACCAGAAGAGAGGAUUUCGAAAAGAAGCAUUGAAAUUUUGUGAACAUCUCUGGGAAGAACGAAAAGGCUCAAAAUUGUUUUGCUUUGAUGAUUUAGACAAAGAAGUAAUUGAUACUAUUUUGGAACUUCUCAGCAAGAAGAAAGGCAAAUACAUUGUUUACAAAGUGGAAAAGGAACAAUUUCGGAAGAUGUAUAGUGCUAAGAAAGAAGAAUUUCAAGAAAAGGCUGACCAGAUCCAAAGAAUUCUACAUCACUCAGGUAAAAGCCAUUGGCAUUGCAAGUUAUUCCUAAAUUAGAAUGUUGUAGGCAUUUUGCUGUUAACCCUUUACACUCUAACAUCAGUCUGUAUAUUCUCCAUAGUGUUUUUUAUACAAAUCCUUAGGUGCUAACAAGGAGAAUUUGUUUAUCAAUCAAGAAAAUAUUUUGUCAAUGAUCAUUUCCUUCAUUCUCAUGACCUUAUACUGUCUGAAGCAGGGUUUAUAUUGUUGGGAGAAAUUAGAUGUUGGUCACUCUCAGGGGUUAAAGGAUAAACCCCUUAACCCCUAAGAGUGGUUAGGAACUAUUCCUCCUAUCAGUGUCACCCUUAAAACAAUCAUUGAGGUCAUGAGAAUAAGGGAUAUGAUCACCAACUAAAGAAGUUCUUGAUUGUUAAACAAAUUCUCUUUGUCAAUACCAUAAGAAAUGUAUAGAGAACAGUGUGGAGAAAAUUUAUACCGAUGUUAGGGUGUAAAGGGUAGAUAGCAUUUGGUGGGAGAUGCAUUGUCCUAAUGGUUAGUGUGCUGGACUCCAGGUCAAGAGAUCAUGGUUCAAGACCUGGCUGAUCAAGUUAUUGUGUUGUGUUCUUGGACAAAAUACUUUAGCCAAUUAACUCCCAAGAUCUCAUCAAUAAUUCUCCUUACUAUCUCCCAUACAGUUCUUGUGAUAUUAGUUUGGAGAAUUUGGUAUUGGAUCAUCUUACAAUCCCCUAACUGAUAUUUUUCAUUAUUCUCAUCACUUGUCUGCUUGAUAUUGUUUUGAUAUUGUAAGGAGAAAUUCUGUCUUGGUCACUCAUGGGAGUUAAAGGGUUAAAUUACUCUGUCAGUGCCUCUUGAGCCCCAUUCAGGACUACAAAUAGAUACUGGCAAAUUUUUAGGCAAGCCUGCUGAAAUGCUGGGGUGGUAAACUUUCAAUAGACUGGCAUCCCAUCCAGGGGGAAGUAGUAAUACUCCCAAUCACUUCAUGCUCAGGAAACCAGGAUAAGCUCCAGCUGGAUGAGCCACUUUGACUCUUGGACUGAGUCCCACAAACCCAAACUGACACAUAUGUUAAGUUUACAAAGCAUACAAAGUAUAAAGUUGCAUUUACACACUUGGAAUUGUAGAGACACAGAGGUAAAUUAAGGGAGAUUAAUACUGGUAAUAGGACCAAGUGGAGUCCAAUUUGUCUCUUCUCAGACUAGUGAUUAACAAAAUUGGACAACUAUGAAGGGGGAGUCCGAUUGAUCAAUCAUGAGUAUGAUUACCAACAGAAUUGGAUGACACAAAGUCCAGUUACCAAUUAAUCAUGACUGUUUGAAUUUCCAAAAAAAUUGACAAUGUUUAAAGUAAAAAAUUCUUCCAUUUAGGAAGUUCCCCAGUUUCUUUUUUCAGGGUAAGUAGUUGUUUCUAUGGUUAUGGUGAUCAAUUUUGUGAUUGGUGGAUUUAGCUGAGGGAGUGGACUUUAGUUAGUAUGAUUGACUGCUUCAACUGUCUGCUAAUGCACCAAUCAUGUUUGAGGCAUGCAGUUUUGGUAAGAAAUGCAAUUUUUGCAAUGCUUUUUAAGGAAAACAACUAUUUUUAGCCUCUGAGAGGGAAAAGGUGACUGAUGCCAAAUCAGCAAAAGGAGAUGAUGCAGAGGAGGAGGAAGAAGUUGUGGUGGAGUUGUCCGAUGAAGAAGAUUCACAGCCAAACCCUAAAGAUGGCAAAAAGAUUGUGGUCAGGAGGUAAUUCAUUUUUCUGUCUAUGAUUUUUCUUGUCGUGCUGGGCUGUUACAGAACCUUCAAAGGGGUGAGUGUGGAUUUGUGGGGUUGUAAAGCAAAGGCUAAUGUUCUAAAUAUCUAUUUGCUCCUCAGAGAUGAGAUAACAGACGAGGGAGACACAUGGAAUCUACCAGAGGCUGGUGCAUUCAUCACCUUUUCUCCAGGAUUUGUGAAAGAACCCUUGUGGGUCUCUUGUUCCAUGUGGAGUCCUAGAUCCCUCUCUCCUUCCAUAGGCAGUAAUGAGCUCUUGGUGAGUAAUUUGAUUGAACUAUCUUAUGAAGGCCCACCAACUCUAGAGUCUGGAGAAGCUGCUACAGGAUGCAUAACCAUGGGUUUGUUGCACAGCGCCUCUGAUUUCAAGGGAUAUGAAGUAGUUAUUAAGAAACUGGUUGACCAAGAAAACAAUGAAUGGGAAGAUUUGGAAACAAGAAUUGUAUGGAAUUCAGCAGGUAUUUAAACUCAAGUUAUUAAAAUUAUUUAUCUACCAGACUGGAUAUUUGUUAUUAUUCUAGCUAUAAAUCCACAGGAAAUCUUCUACUCAUUGGUGCAAUAAUGAUGAUUAUAAUAUGGCAAGGUAGUCCUGAGGCAAAUCUGAUCAUUCUGAUUGGUUUUUACUUGGUCAGUAUUUUGCCAUACAGAGUGUUUCCAUGGAAACAGUUGUGAUCCCUGUAUUCUUUCUUGCAUCAAAGUAGGCAAAUUCAAAAUGGAAAAGUUUGGUCUGAGUGCCAUAUAAUAAACUACUACUAUGAGAAUAUUUUUGGUUGGAGAAAAAUACCUGUUCUCAAAAUACUGGAUUCAUAUAGAGCAAAACUUGUCUUUAGAUAUUGCAGACAAAUUCAUUUCCACAGUACAAGUGUAGAUCCCUAAUUGAGACUUAUAUUCCAGGUGGACAGUUAUUUAAAGCCAAUUCAUUUCCUUGAUUGAAAGGUUAAGAGUGAGAAUGCACCUGACUGCAAAGCUACAGAUCGUUUAUUUUUUUAGAGAGCCGAUGUAAUACCCCUGUCUCUCUAGCAGGAGCUUCAGAGAGGACCUAGUUUUUAAUAUGGAUUCCAUCUAGGUACCCUUCAUGCUGUAGGUUCAACUAAAUUUACUAAAUAAAUGCAUUUUUCAUGUUCUUUCUUGAAGAAAUUAAUCCAGCUGUUAUGGAUUGCCCAUAUGCUGAAGCGACUUGCUCUGGAAUCAGCUUUACCUCCUUUGCGGCUAUUUGGCGCCUGAAGUCUUUUGUCUUUCGGAAGACAAAGAAUUUGAGCUCCAAGUUUAUUUGCACAGUGCCAGACUAUCCAAAUGUCUGUGUUUCAGUCCCAUGGAAUUCUGUUCCUGACAACGCAGACUUCUCCUUAACUCUGAAGGUACCUAAAAUUAGUGUAUAUUUCAAACAAGUCAAACCAUGGCCACUUAAACGCAACUCUGAGAACAUCAAGGUUUACCAAUCACGGUCCAUUACCUGCCAAAACACAUUAUAACAUAGCUAGCAGAGCCGCGCAAUCAAAUUCAGUAUACGUAACCGUGCUCAAAAUCCCGAUAGUGCACGCGGAUAGCGUGAGCAAAUCGCUUCGCCUGAAUUUUUUUUUUUGGCGCAAGCGGCCAUUGUUAGCGCGGGGGGAAAUAAUAUAUUUUGCGACAAUAAUGGAUACAAACAGAGACUCGGCCCACCAGUCCCAAAACGAGGCCAAUUUUCCGACCUUUUCCCUUGGGCUAGAGUUCUUAAAUGAGGCAGAAAAAGAGAAAAAUAACGGAAAAGGAGACUCGUCACGAUUCGCUUCACAAUUCCACCGGCUAUGUUCUAAUACAAUUGGUUCAUGCUUUUAGCUUUGCACUAUCGAGUUAUGGAGCACGUGGGAAGUUUGGAGAGCACUCAAGAAGCUGGAGUUGCCCUCGGCUAUUGCCUCGGGCAACUCUUACGCUUCUUUCGUGCUCUCCAAACUUUCCAUGUGCUCCAUAACUCGAUAGUGCACGCUAAAGCGUUAAAUAGAUCAUUACGGAUAGCACAGAUGAUGUGAUUUGGUAGAUUUCAUAGUUAUUCUCUACGUAGUUGAUUAUUGGAAAAGCUGUCAAAGGAUCGUUGAUUGUGAAUCGUUGAUAGAAGAUCGUUGAUUUGAACUAAUGAUAAAAUAACGUAAAAAUAUUUCUGAGAACAUCCUCUUAUAUAUUACAAGCGUAGAAGUGAAUCCAAACCACGAUUGAUAAUAUCGGUUAAACGAUAUAUUAAUUUUAUUAAAAAAAGUAUUCAGUGAUCUUACUUUGGUCAGGGAAUAUUUACGACCGCUCUAAGGAAUAAAAAAAUAGGUCAAACUCUCAAUUCUCGGUCGUAAAUAUUCCCGUAGAAACUCUUGUAAUUCUGCCAUGACUCUUAAUGCGAAAGAUGAUCAUCUCACAUCUGGAGCUUGGGCUGCCUGUGGUUCUAGUGGUAGAGUGGAAUAGAGGAAGUGUAGGUUUUCCGUGUCAAAGGUCUAAGUAUUUAACUAAAGCGUGGUCUAUAAUCUCCUUUUUGCACCCUCAAAUUACAAAGGCCUGUCAUUGAUUUAGCGCAUGAACUUGUGAGAAUACGUGCCAUUGAGUUGAUGCUGAAGCCUCUAUAAUAAUUAACUAAUUUAUGUUUGUGGUAUAACCUAACACUUAGAGUGAAGGUUACCAAUUUCUUAGGAAACUGUUCUUCUGUGGUGAAGAUCGAGAGAGACUGUUUUGUUUGUAAUGUAUGAAUUAAUUUAUUACAUUCACUGAAGAGCGAAAUUUAUGCACUUACGAUUGUACACAAGUUCUAAGAAACCUUUUCGUGGUUAAGUACAUUUGGUAUUUUGGUAUAUUAUCAAAGGAUAUUCUGCGCUGGUUUCCCAAACGUUGAAGGUGGUUUCCACUUUGACUCUAACUAUUGGAGGUCGGUGUCAUAAAUAUUUGUUGUUCCUUCUGGAUCACAGGUACAGGAGGCACCAAGCACCGAUGGCAGAGUUGGAAUCUUGUUGGGUCCGGUUCUUCACAUUUCGUGCACACAUGAAAUAACACUCUUGGAGCCAGCAAAAAUCAGCCUUCCUCUUUCCCUUUUUAAAGGUGAUAGAGAAUUGUUGGAUAUGCACUCAGGUCAGUGGCGGAUAUUUCACUUUCAGCAGGAAUGGACAGAUAUCACAGAUCGGUUGGAGAUGUCAGUUGCUAUUACAGAUGGAAUAGUGACAUUCAAAGUGAAAACUUUCUGCAGGUAAGUAAAGGUUCUCAUUGGUAUAGAUUUAAAAAUGUUCGCUGAUCACGGCAGUGUUCGUGAUGUUGUCACUUAUAGACCAAGUAAUGGUCAACCUCAUGCAUACUGUACUACGACGACUAUGUUGAGAAGGACGAAAAUGAUAGCGUUGACGACGACGACGUUAACAAGGUCGAGAAUGAAGACCAUGACAUGGACGAGGGCAUGGACGAAGGCAAGGACAAGGACAACAUUGGGAACAUGGACAAAGAGGAGGGACGAGGAAGAGGAGGAUGAAGGGGACGAGGACGAGGACGAGGAGGAAGACGAGGAAGAGGAGGAGGGGAAGACGAGGAGGGGAAAAAGGAAAAGGUCGAGGAGAGGAGAACGAGGACGACGGUGAGAGGAGUAGGAGUAGGGGGAGGACGAGGAGAAGGACGAGAAUGAGGACGACGGUGAGGGGAGUAAGAGUAGGGGGGAGGACGAGGACGAGGGCAAGGAUGGGGAGAAGGAGGGGGACGAGGAGAAGAUGACGAGGACGAGGAGGAGGACAAGGAAAGGGACGAGGAGAGGAGAGUGAGGAUGGCGGUGAGGAGGAGUAGGAGUAGGGGGUAGGGGGAGGACGAGGAGGAGGACGAAGACAAGGAUGCCGACGUAGAAAAGAACUCAGUCUAAGACGACAUUUGUGACAUUGGCAACGAACGUGACUAUCACCUUGACAAUGAAGAUUCCUUUACAAUAAUAAUGUCAGUGUCAAUGACAGCGACACCUACAAUCUUAGCGGCGAUGACAUUGAUAUUGGCACCGGUAAUGGCCAAAGCAGUCUAUUUUAAAGGCCACGCUUUCCCAACAAUACCAAGUUAGUGAUGAACAGCGUACUUUCCAAGCUAUCUGUUAUUCUAGAAAGUAACCACCUGUGAAGUGCUUCUCUUAAAUGUUAGGAAAAGAAGAUGUUUUUUCGAUGAUUUUUAAAAUGCAGCCUUGUCUUUUUCUCUCAGAUUUUUGCCUAUGAGGGUGGCUGAUAAUCGUGCUGGUGUUAAUGCUGGUGAUGUCUCUAAUCUGGACAGGAGAUCGAUGAAACCACGAGCUGGGUUUUUAGCUUGCAUGUGUCGAGAUGUUGUACCUGAAAGAUACUUGCUGAAGCUAUUUUGUUUCCCACUUCAUUUGAAAUCCAAAGUGACUGAGAAUAUGGUAAAGUUGAAUUACGAUGUGAUCUUUCAAGGAGAUGGAAACUCGAAGAAACCUCUAUUCAACGAAGACGAAACGUCUGUUGCUCUUUCAAAAGGACUGAAGGUACACGAAGGAGGAGAUACUGACAACCUCUCCUUAACGUAAGUGUUUGUUACUCAUAUCAUGAUUACUACCACUUGGUGCUGUUUUCUGUUUUCUAUUUCAUAUUAUAUAGGGCCUCAAGCAGGAAACGUCUGCUGUAAAAUGUUGUUCCAGACCCCCACAGCAAAUCUGCACUCCAAUGAUUCCCUUAAUCUUUGAAUUUAACCUUAGACAAAAUCGUUUUGGAGUACCACCGCCAAAUGAAGUAAGAUAAAGAGAUGCUAGGCAAUUAGGAUAUAGAGAUUACGUUUAGAACACAGGUAGAAAGACCAGCAAAAUAUUCAGAAUUUAUCGGGAAUCAAUUAUGACAACAUCACUAAUGGUCCGUCGGGUGGAAAUCCCAUCAAACAGCUGUUGGUGUCAUUCUGUUAGAAGCAGCAACUUACCUGAGUAGACAUACGGUAAUGGAUUUUAGUUAAAAAUGCGCCACAAAGAGAUACAAAAAGUGGGCAUAAAUUACCAGAGCAACUCGCAAGGCAUAAGCUCAGUUUGUUUUUCUGCAGACAGAUUUCCUAAGUAAUUUUGCUCGCAAGAGUCUCCGUUGGAUUGCUUUUACAUUAACGGAGAAUGUAUUAUUUUCUUUCUUGUGUCAGGUUUUAUGAUGAUGGAGAAGACCAAAAUGAUGUGUUCGUCACUAUUGAAGAUAAAAGUAACAUGUCAGUAGACUUCUUGAAACGGCUUAACGCCGAGGAUAGGACAGACCAUGAAUUGUUAUGUAAAGUUCACAUUACUAUUGGAGGAUCUCCAUCGCAGGUAUUUCUUCUUGUUUUUUAGUUGCAUUGAUCUUUCUUAAUUUGCAGUAGAAAGGCAUAGCAACGAAUGUAAACCAUCCGGAUUGACACAGUCGUCAUCUUAAUUAGCGGCAAACAUGAUUAGAAAAGCUAUUUCUAAGAAGAUGGGUUGUUUUCCUCACUCAUCCCCUACUCGAUGACAAGGGUCAUCUGUACGUAAUUCCUUUGGUACAGAUUUGACGUUGCCAAAAUGACACACCAAGGGCUUAAACUUCAUCCUACUUUGACUCACUCUUCCCUUUAUUGUGAUAAAAAUAUCAACACCUUCAUGGUCAGUUAUAGUAGAAUUCACUGAGAAACUGUUGACUGUUUAUUUUUUAAACCAUUAUUCGACAAAAAAGGGGAAACAGUGGUUAUUUACACGAUUCACCUUCCCCCAUCGGCUGAUAAGCGUUGACUUUACAUCCCUUUUUUGGAGCUUAGUUAGGCCAAGCAAGAGCAGAUUUGUAUAAUACAUACAUACUGAAGGAAGUUGUUAGGUUGAGUUUUUAAGAAAAAGUUAUUAUUAGCUUUAAUUCUAACGUUGAUAACGUUUCAAUUUUUUUCAUUUAGUUGUAAGCAAAUAUUAUUAGUGAUUGCUGUUAUUUGUUUUUAAAGGAUUCAUAUCUAUCCUCUCAGCCCUUUCCACGUACAACCUUACCCAAGAAACCAGAGAUGAUUGUGAGUUUGUGUUUCAGUGAUUUUGCAUGAUCCCUAUAUUUUGAGCUUAGCUUCAUGAAAACUGCUCUGUGAUUGACAUUUGGUGUGAUUGACCACAAAGAAGACAUGUAGAUAUACUGUGCAAACCGAAAUUGCCAAGUAGCAGUCUAGUUAAUUGAAUCUUUGAGUAUGUGCCGAAUGUGGUCAAUGGUUGUCAUAUGAGAACUGUUAACACCACAACUUCUGAGAUUGUCUUGCAAAGCUACGGCAAAGAAAGCGUUACAAAGCGUCUUUCUUGUGUACAUUUAUCUACCUCCUUCUUCGUUCGGUAAUUCGAAUGAUUUGGUUUCUCAUUUGGAAGUCCGUUGUGAUACUUUUUUCAUUUAAAGAAAUGGUUCUUUUGUUGCAGGCGUCUUCAAAUAUAACUGACAUGUCACAAAGCGAACGAGGAACUCGAGUUAAUUCAAGAGGGUCCGGCUCAAAAUUGAAAGUCUCUCUUUUGGCAAGUGAGUGGAGCUCAUCAAUGGGAGGAUUGUCCACCAUUAACAGACACCUCGCCAUUCAAUUGGGCAGGCACGCCCAAGUGGAAGUCACUCUCAUUGUCCCAUCCUCCAGUUGCUCUGAAGAGGAGAAAAGUUUCGCACGAAGCUGCAAUGUUACCAUCAGGGAAGUACCGUAUCGUGCAGGUUACGACCCUCCUGACUGGCUGAUAACUCCGCCGGAAGACCUGGAAAUUGAUGUAGUAGUGGGUCAUGGUCAGAAGUUUGGUAAACCAGCCCAGUUGAUCACAGAAUCACACGGUUGCAAGUGGAUUCAGGUAGUUCAUACUUCACCUGAGGAUCUAGGAAUGCACAAGAACUAUUCCAAGGCCAUUCCAAAGGGUGAGGAGAAGAAAAAAAUCGAAGUAGAGUUAUGUAAACAAGCAGAUGCUGUUGUCGCAAUUGGACCUAAGUUAAAGGAGACCUUCUCAGCUUAUCUUCGCUCCUGUGGCAAACAGGAAGACAUAAUUGAAUUGACUCCAGGCAUCUUCAGUGAAUUUUCGACCAUAAAACAUGCUGCAGUGGACAAUAAAAACUUUAGGGUGUUAAUCUUUGGUCGGAGUGAUCGAGAGGACCUUGAAGUUAAGGGAUACGAUAUAGCUUCCAAGGCAAUAGCCGAACUGAGCGACACUACUUACCGCCUGAUCUUUGUGGGUGCACCUGACGAAAAAGAAGAGGAGAUUAAAGAUUAUUUGCUUCAGAAUGGAAUUCCUGAUGAUCAGCUAACUGUAAGAAAGUUUGUGCAAAGCAAAGAGGAAUUGGAAGAAUUGUUUUGUGAGGUGGAUCUGUGCAUCAUGCCAUCAAGAGUGGAAGGGUUUGGCUUAACGGCCCUGGAGGCUAUGUCAGCUGGUCUUCCCAUUCUUGUCAGUGGCUAUUCUGGAUUUGGAGAAGCACUGUGCGCUAUGCCAUCAGGCAAAAAAGUUGUUAUUAAAUCUAAGGAUCCCAAGGUAUGGGCAGAGGCAAUCGCCGGUGUCCGCCAGAAGGAAAGAUUACAGUGACUUCAAGAGAUUAAAAAAAUACGGUGUUCCUAUGAAGAGAAGUAUGACUGGGAAAAACAGUGUGAAAUUCUCGUGAAGAAGAUGUGGGACAUAAGCUAUGGUAAGAAUAGUCUAACCUUUGUGAAAAUACUAUUUUCGGACUCUGUAAGAGUGUUUUUGUACCGCUGGAGGCCACAUCAAACGUGUUUCACCACUACAAGUACAUCAGCAUCACAUGAUACGGAGAAUACGAAAGAUGCGAAAGUAAUGGAAUGGAACCUCAGACCUUUGGAAUCCUUGCUCUGAUUCUGUACUGACAGCUGAGCUCCGAGGAGCUUUACUGUGAGCUAGGCUGUUAUCAAAUUGAUAUGUGAAAACUCUCUCUAUUUCACCACAAACACAUAAUUUGCCAUCUCUCUGAUCCUGGUUAUCAAUUGAUUUCAAUUUAGCUGAAGAAUACGUGUAUUAUUUCUUCAAGCAUGGCUGAUCCUAGCAGUAGGCAGGUUGCCUGUCACGUAGAAACAUUUAAGUAACGGCUAAACUCACAAGAUUUGUUCCUUUACAUGUAGCUCAGUAGUACACCAUCGCAGCACGGAAUCUGAAGGUCUGGGGUUUCACCGGAUUCCUCGUGGGAGAAUCAGAUUUCUUUCCUUCGUUCCACGCUUGUGCGAAGACGAAUACAGUCAAACCUGCAUUAAGUGGCACCGUAUUAAUUGAUUAACCUGUAUUGAGCAGUCGGUUUUCAAAGUCCCGAAAUUUUUAUCCCUUUAAUUACUGUAAUUUUCACCCCUAUUAAACGGUCACCUCUAUUAAGCGGUUAUGGUCACCCUUUACUGAGUCCAAACGGCCUGUUUGUAUUGUUCCCCACCUGGACUGAACGGUAUAAGUUAAUCCAUAUUCAUCUUCAGUAAUCAAUGUUGGUAAAAAUUUUUGAGCGAGUCUUUGAACUUUGAGUGUUCAAUGCUGGCAUAAAUUUGAUAUAAGGUCUGAAAGCUUGAAAAGAAAAUAUUCAGCUUAACUCUUUCUGUCCUCCAUUUGAGGAUUGCACGCUCCAAAAACAAAUGGGGAAAAGUAUCCUCAACCGGCCUUUGAACAGAGAAAUGUAGAAACCUAGAUUAAAAUUUAACUCAGGGUUAGCGCUUAUCGGCCUCCGAACAACUGGGCCCUGAAGUGUUGGCUAGCUUCGUGUCCGCACAUGGGAAUUUUCCUCACAGUCUUCCAAAGAAGACCGCCUCAAAUGCUGGUCCAUUCACUAACUGGAAUUUUGUCUUGUCCUAGGUGCAGGAAAUUGAGUCACUUGCAAAUAGAAGAAAUUGAGGAAAAAAAAAAAUACGACAAAACAUGCAUCAAAAAAUAACUUUGGAAUUACGCGUGGACAUUAUCCUAGUGCCUUCACAAUUUUAGCUAAGGAAAUUGUCAGAUAUAUUACGCCAUUCACCCUUGAUCAAGGUUCAGUGCCUUCAUAGGUGAGUUUUAAGCGUGGGGCUCUCGCUUGCUCUCUUCCUUUCAUUGUUUAGUUGUUCAUUACAUCAAAUAUCAUGUCUAUCAAAUAAAAAAUCAUAAUAGGAAUUGGUUUUAUUUCUUUUCUGUCGAACUUAUUUUAUUUUACCACGUUUAAAAUAAAAAAUUCGUCAUACAAUAAGAACAAUUAUUUCCGAUUUCAUGUGCAAUCAGGAUUUUGAGCUUAUGUGUACAUCACAAAAAUCAUAAAAAUAAAAAAGGCAAAGAUGCACUGUAAACAUGCCUAUUUUCGGAUUUGGUCCGGUCAUCUCAUCAACUUGACCUGGGAGAUAAAGCAGGUUCUUUUGCGGUAAUAUUCAUUGCAUACUAGGUGGAGGUAGGAUAGAAUAUUUAAUGUAUCAAUCUAAGUUGUGUGCAUUUACCUUUUUGUCCUCUUAUUUUCGCCAUAGAUCCUUACCAUGACAGUAGAGCCGACCUUUUACGUGACAAUAGACAACUCAGAUCAAAGUGUUACCAGAAAAACCUUUGUGGCUCAAGAUUCGUCAAGGCUUUGUGGUGCUGUUCGUUGUUUUGGAUGACAUUGCUCGAUCUAUGCAUGGAAAUACCUCUGAAUAGCGAAGAAACAGCUUAGAAAUUCCCUUUCACAUCCAAACUCUUUAACCCUAGUUUAUUUUUUUACCAGCGUGGAUUUCUCGAAAAUAUUUUCAAUCGUAUUCCGGCUUUUUUUUUGGCCUGGAUUAAGCCACAAUUUAGUUUAAAUGUCACUUCUGGAAACAAGAAAAAUCAAGAACAUAAAAUCAGUUUUCUAUGACGUGUGUGUUUCAUUAAUUUUGCUUCCGCAGUAUGCCUUCUCUCUUUACCUUUUCUGAUAACAAAUGGCAAUUUUGCCUAGUGCUUAUUUCAUGCCGUUCACCUGCCUAGUCCCAUCAUCAAUUUUUCUCGAUCUGUACGAUCAUGCGUCCAACAUCAUUGAGCCUGCUAUUAGCUCAUGUAUCACCUGCGGUCAGCAGCUACAAACUCGUCUUACCUGUAAUGAAGUUUCUCCCCUUUUCUCCAAUCUUGAUUACACUCCUAGCCUUAGUGGUCGCAAAGCCUAGUUUUCGUGCCGUCAGAUAACUCUCUCGGGGAUUAUAUCUCAGGAGCAGUAGAAGAGCGUUUUAAAUUUGAGUCAGCUCUUUUGGUAAAAAUAAUAAUCAUAACAAGCAUCUUGGGAACGCCUAGGUUCAAUUCCUCCCUAUAAGAGGAAGUGGAGUCAGGACAAUGAUUAAAAACAGGUUUUAACAUCAAUGUAUCUUUCAAGUUGGUGGUUUAAAAGAGUAGAAAAAAGAAUUAAAAAGGCAGUCGACGUUAGUUUUACACCCAGUUUGAGAUGAAUACGCCAGAGCAAGCUUAAAGUUUGUGCUAAGCCGCACGCGAACAGACCAGGGGAAGUUUUGAUUACGGUGCGUCCCGUGUUAUUCAGAUCUUUCCUAAGUAAAUGAUGGCCUAUUUAUCGUAGCACAGAAGUGAAAUGUAUGAUAUAAAUUUACAAAAAAGAAAAAAAAAGGAAUAAAUGGGUGAAUAAAUCAAGGUUUAAAACACCGAAAGAGAUUGACCUACCGAGCCUGAAUGGUUGUACUUACUUAAAUUUUGGGGUAUGCGUGAUGAGAUCGCGUGACUUGUCACUGUACACGCGUGGGGACAUACGGAGCGGUCAGCAGUAUCGUGGUUGAAAAAAAAGUUAUCAAAGAUGGCGGCAGUUGGUAUCGAAAGUGCGCCAGGUUUACAACAACUUUUCAAAGACAUUUCUCCAAAAUUUAAAGCUGUAGAAUCAGAAAGCAUCGUGAAAACUUUAAAAAAGAAUUAUGGAGGGAAAUUUGAUCUGCUGGAUAGUCACGAUCUGAUGAAAUGUUUUCAACUUCUUGAAAAGCAUGGCUAUGUAUCUGACAACAAACUCAAUCUAAUCGAAGACUUCGUUGCUACAAAAUCUGACGAGGAGAAGCUCAUUAAGAAAGAUAUAGAUCGUUUCAAGGCCUCACGUUUGGGUAAAGGUGAUCCAGAGAAGAAGUUACAAGGACGGAGUGAAGAAAUCAAGAUAAUUAACAAAAAACUGGAAUCGAAAGACACCGGAGUACUAAACUUGUUUGGGUCGUCUGGUGUAGGAAAGACAAAGCUUGCCAUUGAAGUUUGCUCACAGUGGCGAGGGAAGUAUCGUUUUUUUGAUUUACGAGAAGCAAAGGAUAUGAAAGCGAUCUAUUACAGCAUGCUGCAUUCUCUCGAACUAGUAAUCCCAGUUGGUCGUGUUGAUCAAAAUUAUGUUGUUACCAAAGUUAUAGAGAAGGUUGAAGAGUUUAAAGGUGAGAAAGAUGCCGUUCUAUUUAUGCUGGACAAUGUAGACCUCUUUACCGCAGGAAAAGGUAAAGAAGGGAAAAACUUGAAAACGGCUUUUAUGGAAUUUUUGGCAAAGCUCUCAGAAAGCAAAGGAGAAAGAUCUCCUUUAAAGCUGCUUCUUACCUCUAAGACUGAGUUAAAAGGUCCCAAAAGGAUGGAUGAUUUUGAAGUGGGUUCGCUAGAGAGGAUUUCUUCAGAGAAACUGAUUUUUCCUAAGGGAAUGACUAAUGUUAAACGAGAGCAGAAGGAUAAUUUAAUGAGCAUCACUAAAGGAUUCCCUCUAUUUCUAAAAGGACUAGGAGCUAUUAUGCGACAAGAACGAAAAUCUCCAGAAGAACUUAUUGCAGAAAUUGUGCAUGCUCUAAAAAAAAUGAAAGUGGAGCUGGAUGUGAGUGGAAAGCUUGCUGGUUUUGAUGAAGAAGGAGUGGAUAUCAAUCAGAUGUCAGCAGUCAGUUUAAUGUUUGAGACACUUUCCACAGAAAGGUUAAAGUUAUCUGCAGUAGUGGUUUCCUUGUUUCAUGGGCCUUUCUCUGUGGCAACAGCUGCGAAAGUUCUUGGUAUUGACCUGUCAGAGGCCAUUGUUCAGUUAGAGGGUCUUGUAGCCAGCGAAAUAAUUUCUGUUGUUGAUGAAGAAGCAAAAGAAAGGAAGUAUGAUAUUCACCCUCUCUUAUGGAAGUAUGCUGACAGUAUCAAGAAUCAUGAAGAUUUUCUUGCUCCUUACAUGGAGGCAAAAGCACGCUUUUAUGAACUUUUUAUGUCCAGGAUGGAGAAAAUUGCCAAACUGAUUGAGCCAGAAUAUGUCAGAGCAUUCCACUUGUUUGAGAAAGACAGAGGAAACUAUGAGUUUACUGUUGAAGUCUCCUUACAACCAGAGUAUUUCAUUGUUCGAGGUGAAUUCCAUGAGAUUGCUUUGAUUGCAUCUCUUUUCACUGCAAUGCUGAAUCAUAAAAAAAUAAUCAAGGUGUUUCAUUCCUGGGCUGAGAUGUGUGAAGAUGAUGGAAAAACAGGUGAGGGGCAGUGAAACUUUUCAUGUGAUAUCGAUAUUGUCCAAAUAUCAUAUUUAGCUUAACCUUAUUGUCUGGGGAGACAUGGAAGAUGUUUCUUUGAAACAGCUUAAAUGGAGUCUUAACUUAUUACAAUAGUUACCUUAUUUUAUUAUAUGGUAAGAUAGUCCUGAGGUAAAUCUGAGUAUUUUGAUUGGAUCUUAAUUGGUUGAGAUUUUGCCAUAUGGACCAUUUCUUCAGAAACAGUUAUAAGCCAUGUAUUUUUAUUUGCAAAGGCAUUAAACUCAAAAUAAAAAAGUUUGGUCCAAGUUCUGUGUAAUAAAUUACCUACAGUACUGACCUUGCUUGCUUGCUUGAGCCAUACUGGUCAACAUUGUUCCCUGUCAUUUAAGUACAGAAGGAGCUAUGCUCGGUCCUCGCUUUCUGCCAUCUAUGAUGGUUAAUAUAAUGACACAUGGCCGUUUAAACUGUUAUUGCAGUUUGGCAAUUGGAACAGUGGAGGAGGUCUAUAUGCAAGUAAUUAAAAUUUGACAGAGCCACUUUUGGAUUACAUAAUGUGCACAAUUAUCCCACCAAAAUGUCAGACUUGACCUAUCUGGAAUAGCUAACUAGAUUUUGGUGCUAAAGCUACAAGUCGCUGAAAUUUGAGUGACUACCUUAUUUUAUACCUUGCAAACCAAACUCAAGAAAAAUCUUUAGUGAGGAGGCUAUCCAGGUCCUGAUGAGCUUUAAGCUGAUAUAUUGAUUAAGGUGGCUCUGUCAUGGCACUUGCAAAUAUUUUAUGUCUCAGUCUUUUGUUACUUGUACUUUGCUGUUGAUACAGUCAAUUGGAAUUUUUGUGUUGUGCAGCUCUGGGGUAAUUUUGCCACUAAUUUUUAAGCCAUCCUGCACUGUGCAAUCAGUCAAGCUGAAAUUAUUCACCAAUUUACUCCCAGAAGUCCUAUUACCAUCGCUUAUGUAAUUCCACAAGGGAACUGGGGAGAAGCUACUUAGGAGGGACUCUGAGGAUGAGACAGAUAACAAAAAUAGUAAAAAAAGAAAGAAAAAAAGAAAGAAAGAAAGAAAAACGAAAAAAGUGAAAUUUUUAAACCACUUCUUGGGGAACUGUUAUUGAAAAUAAAAAAAGAUAUGUCUUGUGAUAAUUAAUUUACACUUUGUCAUUUAUAGAUACUGAGCACACUUCAUCAGCAGUGAUAUCUGUUUAUUAGUUUGAUUUUUCAUUUUUGUAUAGGUUCUCUUUGCCGAGCGCAGUUAAAGUCCUGGGAAGCCAGGGAAGUUUCAGAUGUUGAUGGAACAGAGAGAGGAUUUGAAACAUUGAGGGAAGCUCUGAAUUCACUUGAGAAAGUUGAAGAUCAAAGUAGUGAAUCCUUUAUGCUCACCAAGGGGCUUUACUUGCAAGCUGAAGGUGAAAUCCUUUGGAGAAACAGAGACUAUAAAAAAGCACUGGCAAGUCUGGAGUUGUCCUUAACUUUCUCUGAACCACUGCUAAAGGAGCAUACUGAUCUUGCAAGGUGCUACAAUGCUAUUGGAAACAGCUUUUUUCACCUGGACCAGCCCAGGAAAGCGCUUGAGUUCUAUGAAAAAGCCUACAAAAUGCAAGAGAAAUUAGCAUCUGAGAAUCACUUUGACAUGCCAAUGUACAAGAAUCAGAUUGGAACUGCGUAUGAAGGCCUUAAAGAUUAUGGAAAGGCGGUUCAAUGGUACAGAGAUGCACUAAGUCUUUUGGAGGAUCUUAAACUUUUAGGUGAUUUGGACGAGGCACUCUUCUCAAGAAAUCUUGCUAAUGCACUCAUGUUUCAAGACAAAUAUAAAGAGGCAAUUGAACCUUCAGAGAGGGCUUACAACAUAAGGAUGAAGCUUCUUGGAAAUCACCCACAGACUGUGCGCAGCAUUUUUCAACGAGGGGUCCUUCAGGCCAAUCUUAAACACCCAAAAGAAGCUUUGAAGCUGUUUCUUGAAGCAUGGGAGAUGGAAAAGUCACUUGAUGCAGGAAACCAUAGUGAAGUGUGGCGAAAGAUUAUCACAGGUGUGGAAGAUAUGUGUGAUUGGACACUCAGUUUUCUACGGAAGAGGUCAUUUAGGAAAGAGGCUUUCAAGUUUUGUCAACGUUUCUGGGAAGAACAGAAAGCUUCUCAACAAUUCACUUUCAAUAUGUUUAACAAAGGCAUCAUUGAUGCUCUGAAUGAUCUUGCUCAUGACAAGAAAGACAAAGCUGUAGUACAAAAGGAACAGUUUUGGUUCUACGAGGCGAGGUGCAAUGCCAACGAGAAAGAGUUUCAAGAGGACUUUGAUUUGGAAACUGAUAAUAAUGCUCUCUGUGUCAUGCUGAGUGAGAGGGAAAAUCUCUUGGACGAGACAGUGGUGCUAUCUUCUCGACUUAAGGAACGCGAGAAGGUGAGGAAAUACAAAAUGGACAAGGUGGCUUUGUACAAAAUGUUUCUGGUGAGAGUGGGUUUCCUUGGAAACAAAGAGGACAGGUCGGACAAAGCGUCAUUGAAGAUUAAGGUAGAAGAACUUUACAAAGAGACAGGACAAAAAGGAAUGAUCGUGAAAUUUCGAGAGACAUUGUUGGAUUCGUGGCAAAAGCAGUGGGAAGAAGGAAAAAGUAUCGAAAAAAUGGAGAAGAUCGGCUUGGAAAGGGAGAGAACAAUCGAGGGAAUUCUCAAUCUGUGCCUGGAACUCAAAAAAGUAAAUAUGUACAGACGGUAUGGACAAGAAGCAUUGAGCUUUUAUGAGGAGAUAUGGGAGAUAAAACAUGCUAAGAUGAAGGACGGUGAAAUGAAGAAGUUUCUUCGUAAACUCAAAGAGUUGGCAUCGUCCAUUGAAGAUUACACCAGCGAGAAGUUUUACAAAAAUGUAUUACAGGUAAGAUCACGCUUAUUUAUCAACAAAAGUAAACAUCGACCUUGUCUGUUGUGCGAGCAGCUUUUUGUAUCAGCUGUUUUCUCUUCACUUUGCACACGACUUAACUCUUUUACUUCCAAGAUCUAAUUAGUGAUUCUCCUUACUUUCUACCAAACAAUUCUUAUGAUGUUAUUUUGGAUAAUUUGGUUUUGGAUCAACUUGUAAUAUCCUUAUGGAUAUUUUUCUUUAUUCUCACAACUUUUCUGCUUGUUAUUGCAUUGGUAUUGUAAGGAGAACUUCUAUCUUGGUCACUCUUGGGAGGAAAAGGGCUAAUCCCAUCAUUUGAUGUACCAUGUGUUUGUUCUGUUUUGCUCUGUUUUCUGUUCUGAUUUGAUGUAGUUACCACUGGCGACAAAUCCUCAUUGUUGGACAUUGAUAAUCUCUAAAUUUCUGUCUUCAACUGUUGUUAUUUGUUUCCAGGUGCUGAAUGAAACUGGGAGACAUCCAGGAGCCAAAUUAAGGCCAAGAGGUACUUAAAUGAUAUAGAAUUUUGAAUUUUUGUGAACUCGAACAUCUGAGAAAGAAAUAUUAUGACGGUUCAUGCUGCCAAAGAUCUAGACUUCCUUCUUGCCUGGUUUUCAAUUUCCAUAAUUUUACUUAUAGCAUGUUGCCUUCCCCUGACCUUUCUAUCUUCUCCUAUAGCUGCACAGACUUCCCCUACACCGAAAGGAGAGGAGAAGGUUAGUGAAGAAGAUGAAUUGGAGAUCGAAAUUGGUUCAGAAGAAGAGAGUGAGGUUGGAGCAGAGGAGCAAGUAGACACAGAUAAAGAUGUUCAAACCGAAGACAGAACCAUCAUCCUCAAGUAAAUAACAAAAUUGCAUUUUCCAAUAUUUCAUCUUCGAAUAGCUAUAUAGAGGAUUGGGGAGACGUGCUCUCUGAUUGGUUGAGAAUUCUCCAUAUUUUGCUAUACUCAACCCGCGAGAAAUGAUUAUAAUAGUGAAGAAUUGAAUUGAAAAUAGCCACUGUUUAUCUUUUUACUAUGUUUCUGGGGAAGAAAACAAAAGAAAAAUUCAGUUCCUCUAAUACUUGCUCUAGGAACUUGACUUUAAGAAUCAUAUUCCUCAGGCUUAGUGAGUAGUCCAAGUAGUUAGGCAGUUGUCCGGAACUUUACAACAAGACAGGCUCGUGUAUGUUUUUAUUUUAUUUUGUUCCUAACCUCAAACUGUUAAGCAUGUCAUUUACUUUUCUCACUGUCCGUCAUGGAAUAAAAAGCGAGUAGUGUAGCCAAUCAGGUUGCAGCAUUUGUGAUAGAAUGAAUGUAUGCAAAUAUCAAAGAAUUCUGCAUUAAUUUAUUUCCCCCAUUACCUUCACAAAGAAUUGUUCUGAUUGAUUGUCAGUUCAGUUUUGAUCAGAGGUAAUUCUUAAUUCUUCCACUGCAUAAUUUUUCUGAGGGAUUUUUCUUGUUUUGUUGGGUUCUUACAGAACUUUCAAAGAGGUGAGUGUGGAUUUGUGGGGUUGUAAAGCAAAGGCUAAUGCUCUAAAUGUCUAUUUGCUCCCUAGAUAUGAGAUAACAGACAAGGGAGACACAUGGAAUCUACCGGAGGCUGGUGCAUUUAUCACCUUUUCUCCAGGAUUUGUGAAAGAACCCUUGUGGAUCUUGUGUUCCAUGCGGAGUCCUAGAUCCCUCUCUCCUCCCAUAGGCAGUAAUGAGCUCUUGGUGAGUAAUUUGAUUGAACUAUCUCAUGAAGGCCCACCAACUCUAGAGUCUAUGGAAGCUGCUACAGGAAGCAUAACCAUGGGUUUGUUGCACAGUGCCUCUGAUUUCGAGGGAUAUGAAGUAGUUAUUAAGAAACUUGUUGACCAAGAAAACAAUGAAUGGGAAGAUUUGGAAACAAGAAUGGUGUGGAAUUCAGCAGGUAUUUAAACUCAAGUUAUUAAAAUUAUUUAUCUACCAGACUGGAUAUUUGUUAUUAUUCUGGCUAUAAAUCCACAGGAAAUUUUCUCCUCAUACAGCUGUAGUUGCAAUAAUAGUGAUUAUAAUAUGGCAAGGUAGUCCUGAGGUAAAUCUUAGUGUUCUGAUUGGUUCUUACUCGGUCAGUAUUUUGCCAAACAGAGUGUUUCCAUGGAAACAGUUGUAAGCCCUGUGUUUUUUUUUUCAUCAAAGUAAGCAAAUUCAAAAUGAAAAAGUUUGGUCUGAUUGCCACAUGAUAAACUACUUACUAUAGGAACAUUUUUGGUUGGAGUAAAAAAAAUUGUUUUCAAAAUACUGGAUUCACAUAGAGCAAAACUUGUCUUUAUAUAUUGUAGACAAAUUCAUUUCCACAGUACAAGUGUAGAUACCCAGUUGAGACUUCUAUUCCAGGUGGGCAGUUAUCUAAAGCCAAUUCAUUUCUUUGAUUGAAAGGUUAAGAGUGAGAAUGCAUCUGACAGCAAAGCUACAGAUCGUUUAUUUUUUUAGAGAGUCGAUGUAAUACCCCUGUCUCUCUUUCCAAAAGGUAUAGGUGACUUUUCUGGCAGGAGCUCAGGGGAGGGCCUAGUUUUUAAUAUGGAAUCCCGCUAGGUACCCUUCAUGCUGAAGAGUCAACUAAAUUUACUAAAUAAAUGCAUUUUUCAUAUUCUUUCUUGAAGAAAUGAAUCCAGCUGUUAUGGACUGCCCAUAUGCUGAAGCGACUUGCUCUGGAAUCUGCUUUACCUCCUUUGCGGCUAUUUGGCGCCUGAAGUCUUUUGUCUUUUGGAAGACAAAGAAUUUGAGCCCCGAGUUUACUUGCACAGUGCCAGACUAUCCAAAUGUCUGUGUUUCAAUCCCAUGGAAUUCUGUUCCUGACAACACAGACUUCUCUUUAACUCUAAAGGUAACUAAACUUAGUGUAGGUUUCAAAUAAGUCAAACCAUAGCCACUUAAACGCAACUCUGAGAAUAUCAAGGUUUACUAAUCACGGUCCAUAAUCUGCUAAAAUACAAUAGAUCAACAAGGCUAGCACAGAUGAUGUGAUUUGGUAGAUUUCAUAGUUAUUCUUUACGUAGUUGAUUAUUGGAAAAGCUGUCAAAGCAUCGUAGAUUGUGAAUUGUUGAUUGAAGAUCGUUGAUUUGAACUAAUGAUAAAAUACCGUAAAAAUAUUUCUGAGAACUUGCUCUUAUAUGUUACAAGCUUGGGAGUGAAUCCGAACCACGAUUGAUCAUGUCGGCUAAACAAUAUAUUAAUUUUAUAAAAAAGUAUUCAGUGAUCUUACUUUGGUCUGGGAAUAUUUGAGAACGCUCUAAGGAAUAAAAAAUUAGGUCAAAUUCUCAAUUCUCGGUCGUAAGUAUUCCUGUACAAACUGUUAUAAUUCCGCCAUGACUGUUACUGCGCAAGAUGAUCAUCUCACAGCUGGCGCUUAGGUUGCCUGUGGUUCCAGUGGCAGACUGAAAAAGAGGAAGCGAAGGUUUUCCGUGUCAAAGGUCUAAGUAUUCAAAUAAAGCGUGGUCUGUAAUCUCCUAUUUGCACCCUCAAGUGACACAGGCCUAUGAUUGAUUUAGCGCAUGAACCGUAGGAAUAUGUGUCAUCGAGUUGAUGCUGAAGCCUCUAUAAGGUCGGUGUCAUAAAUAUUUGUUGUUCCUUCUGGAUCACAGGUACAGGAAGCACCAAGCACCGAUGGCAGAGUUGGAAUCUUGUUGGGUCCGGUUCUUCACAUUUCGUGCUCACAUGGAAUAACGCUCUUGGAGCCAGCAAAAAUUAACCUUCCUCUUGCACUUUUUAAGGGUGAUAGAGAAUUGUUGGACAUGCACUCAGGUCAGUGGCGGAUAUUUCACUUUCAGCAGGAAUGGACAGAUAUCACAGAUCGGUUGGAGAUGUCAGUUGCUAUUACAGAUGGAAUAGUGAGAUUCAAAGUGAAAACUUUCUGCAGGUAAGUAAAGGUUCUCAUUGGUAUAGAUUUUAAAAUGUUCGCUGAUCCCGGAAGUGUUCGUGAUGUUGUCACUUAUAGACCAAGUAAUGGUCAACCUCAUGCAUACUGUACUACUACGACUAUGCUGAGAAAGACGAAACGAUAGCGUUAACGACCACGACGUCAACAAGGACGAGAAUGACGACCAUGACAUGGACGAGGGCAUGGACGAAGGCAAGGACAAAGAAAAAUUGAUAACAUGGACAAGGAGGAGGGACGAGGAAGAGGAGGAUGAAGGGGACGAGGACAAGGAGGGAGAUGAGGAAGAGGAGGUGGAGGAGGAGGGGAGGAGGAGGAGGGGGACAAGGAAAGGGACGAGGAGAAGAUGACGAGGACGAGGAGGGGGACAAGGAAAAGGGCCGAGGAGGAGUAGGAGUAGGGGGAGGACGAGGAUGAGGACGAGGACAAGGAUGCCGACGUAGACGAGGACUCAAACUGGGACGACAACUGUGACAUUGGCAACGAAAGUGACUAUCACCUUGACGGUGAAGAUUCCUUAACAAUAAUAAUAAAGUGUCAAUGAUAGCGACACAUACAACAGCAGUAACGAUGACUUUGGCAUUGUCACCGAUAGUGGCCAUAGCAAUCUAUUUUUACAAUUUUCCCUACGGUAGUAAGUUAUUGACGAACAGAUUACUUUCCAAGCUAUCGGUUAUUUGAGAAACUAACCACCUGUGGAGCGCUUGUCUUUAAUGUUAGUAAAAGAAGAUGUUUUUUCGAUGAUUUUUAAAAUGAUGCCUUAUCGUUUUCUCUCAGAUUUUUGCCUUUGUGGGUGGUUGCUAAUCUUGCUGGUGUUGAUGCUGGUGAUGUCUCUGAUCUGGCCAGGAGAUCGAUGAAACAACGAGCUGGGUUUUUAGCUUGCAUGUGUCGGAAUGUUGGACGUGAAAGAUACUUGCUGAAGCUAUUUUGUUUCCCACUUCAUUUGAAAUCCAAAGUGAAUAAGAAUACGGUAAAGAAUUACGAUGUGAUCUUUCAAGGAGAUGGAAACUCGAAGAAACCUCUAUUCAACGAAGACGAAACGUCUGUUUCUCUUUCAAAAGGACUGAAGGUGCACGAAGGAGGAGAUACUGACAACCUCUCCUUAACGUAAGUGUUUGUUACUCAUAUCUUGAUUACUACCGCUUGGUGUUAUUUUCUGUGAUGUACAUUUCAUUUUGCAUACUAUAUAGGGCCUUAAGCAGAAAACUGCAGUUGUAAAAUCUUUUUUCAGACCCCCACAGCAAAUCUGCACUCCAACGAUUCCCUAAAUCUUUAAAUUUUAUCUUAGACAAAAUCGUUUUGGAGUACCACCGCCAAAUGAAGUAAGAUUAAGAGAUGAUAGGCAACUAGAAUGUAGAGGUUACGUUUAGAACACAAGCAGAAAGGCCAGCAAAAUAUGCAGAAUUUAAUCGGGAAUCAAUUAUGGUAGCUUUGCUACUGAUCCGUCGGGUGGACAUCCCACUAAAGAGCUGUUAGUGUCAUUCUGUUAGAAGCAGCAUCUUACAUGAUAGACAUAUGGUCAUAGGGCGUGGUAAUGAGUUUUCGUUAAAAAUGCGCGACAGAGAGAUACGAAAACUGGGCAUAAAUUACUAGAGCAACUCGCAAAGUAUAAGCUCAGUUUGUUUUUCUGUAGACAAGAGUCUCCGUUGGAUUGCUUUUACACCAACGGAGAAUAUGUUAUUUUCUUUCUUGUGUCAGGUUUUAUCAUGAUGGAGAGGACCAAGAUUAUGUGUUCGUUACUAUUGAAGAUGAAAGUAACAUGUCAGUAGACUUCUUGAAACGGCUUAACGCCCAGGAUAGGACAGACCCUGAAUGGUUAUGUACAGUUCCCAUUAUUAUUCGAAGAUCUCCAUCGCAGGUAUUUCUUCUUGUUUUUUAGUUGGAUUGAUCUUUCUCAAUUUGCAGUAGAAAGGCACAACAACGAAUGUAAACUAUGCCGGAUUGACACAAUCGUCAUCUUAAUUAAUUAGCGGCAAACAUGAUCAGAAAAGCUACUUCUAAGAAGUUAGGUUGUUUUCCUCACUCAUCCCCUACUCGAUUACAGGGGUCAUCUGUACGUAAUUCCUUUGGUACAGAUUUGACGUUGUCAAAAUGACAUACAAAGGGCUUAAACUUCAUCCUACUUUGACUCACUCUUACCUCUAUUGUGAUAAAAAUAUUAACACCUUCAUGGUACAGUUAUAGUAGAACUUAUUGAGAAAUUGUUGACUGUUUAUUUUUAAACUAUUAUUCGACAAAAAAGAAGUAGACGUAGUGGUUAUUUACACGAUUCACAGCCGCCCCAUCAGCGGAUAAGCGUUGAAUUUACAUCCCUUUUUGGAGCUUAGUUAGGUCAACCUAGAGCAGAUUUGUAUUAAACGUACUAAAGGUGUUGGGUUGAGUUUAAGAAAAAUGUUAUCAUUACCUUUAAAUCUAACAUUGAUAACGUCUGAAUGUUUUUCAUUUAGUUGUAAGCAAAUAUUAUUGGUGAUUGUUGUUGUUUUUUUUUUUAAAGGAUUCAUAUCUAUCCUCUCAGUUCUUUCCACGUACAACCUUACCCAGGAAACGAGAAAUGAUUGUGAGUUUGUGUUGCUGUGAUUUUGCAUGAAUCCUUAUAUUUUGAGCUUAGCUUCAUGAAAACUGCUCUGUGAUUGACAUUUGGUGUGACUGACCACAAAGAAGUCAUAUAGAUAUACUAUGCAAACUGAAAUUGCCAAGUAGCAGUCUUGUUAAUUGAAUCUUUGAGUAUGUGCCGAAUGUGGUCCGUGGUUGUCUUUUUUCUUUUUUUUGUUUUAUCAAGAUAGUAGUCACUCGGGUAUGGAGUCAUGAGAAAUGUUAACACGACAACUUCUGAGAUUGUCUUGCAAAGCUACGGCAAAGAAAGCAUUACACAGCAUCUUUUUUAUGUGUACAUUUAUCUACGUCCACCUUCUUCGUUCUACAAUUCGAAUGAUUUGAUUUGAAAGUCCGUUGUGAUACUUUUUUCAUUUAAAGAAAUGGUGCUUUUCUUACAGGCGCCUUCAAAUAUAACGGACAUGUCACAAAGCGAACGGGGAACUCGAGUUAAUCCAAGAGGGUCCGACUCAAAAUUGAAGGUCUCUCUCUUGGCAAGUGAGUGGAGUUCAUUAAAGGGAGGAUUGUCCACCAUUAACAGAUACCUCGCCAUUCAAUUGGGCGGGCACUCUAAAGUGGAAGUCACUCUCCUCGUCCCACCGUCUAGCUGCUCUGAAGAGGAGAAAAUACUCGCACAAAGCCACAGUGUUGCCAUCAGGGAAGUACAGAGUCGUACAGGUUACAGUGACCCCCUUGACUGGCUGAUAACUCCACCGAAAGACCUGGAAAUUGAUGUAGUAGUGGGUCAUGGUCAGAAGCUGGGUAAACAAGCCCAGUUUAUCACAGAAUCACACGGUUGCAAGUGGAUUCAGGUAGUUCAUACCUCACCUGAGGAUCUAGGAAUGCACAAAGAUUAUCCCGAGGCCAUUUCAAAGGGCGAGGAGAAGAAAGAAACCGAAGUAGAGUUAUGUAAACAAGCAGAUGCUGUUGUCGCAAUUGGACCUAAGUUAAAGGAGACCUUCUCAGCUUAUCUUCGCCCCUGUGGCAAACAGCAAGACAUAAUUGAAUUGACUCCGGGCAUCUUCAGUGAAUUUUCGACCAUAAAACAUGUUACAGUGGACAAUAAAAACUUUAGGGUGUUAAUCUUUGGUCGGAGUGAUCGAGAGGACUUUGCAGUUAAAGGAUACGAUAUAGCUUCCAAGGCAAUAGCCGAACUGAGCGACCCUACUUACCGUCUGAUCUUUGUGGGUGCACCUAACGGAAAAGAAGAGGAGAUUAAAGAAUAUUUGCUUCAGAAUGGAAUUCCAGAUGGCCAGCUAACUGUGAGAAAGUUUGUACAAAGCAAAGAGGAAUUGGAAGAAUUGUUCUGUGAGGUGGAUCUGUGCAUCAUGCCAUCAAGAGUGGAAGGGUUUGGCUUAACGGCCCUGGAGGCUAUGUCAGCUGGUCUUCCCAUUCUUGUCAGUGGCUGUUCUGGAUUUGGAGAAGCACUUUGCACUGUGCUACUAAGCGAAGAAGUUGUUGUCAGUAAAUCUGAGGAUCCCAAGGAAUGGGCAAAGGCAAUCGCCGGUGUCCGCCAGAAGGAAAGAUUACAGCGACUUCGAGAGAUUCAACAGAUACGGUGUUCCUAUGAAGAGAUGUAUGGUUGGGAAAAACAGUGUGAAAUUCUCGUGAAGAAGAUGUGGGACAUAAGUUAUGGUAAGAAUAGUCUA